AUUUUUCAGAUAGCAAAAUGGGCUUUUGGACCGACGUGCGAGAUCGGAUCAAAAGCUGGAAAAUAACAGUGGAACCGUUAAUGUUUGUUUUGGCAGCAUGUAAUACAGCUGUAGGAAUUGUAUCUCCCGCACUGAAAGAAAUGAAAAUGAAACGAGUGUACCCUGCUCCACCAGAUAUCCACGGAAAAGAUCUUGAAAAAUAUUAUAAUAAAAAGAUGGUGAUGUGGGACAAUUACUAUGAAUACAUAAACCUGCCAAUAGCUUGCGUUUUUGGAAUUAUUUAUGGAGGAUAUAGUGAUCAUCGAGGAAGGAAAUAUCCAAUGCUCAUUGGAAUUCUUAGUGUGUUGGUCUCAAAUGCCAUGAAUAUUCUGAUGUGGGAUGAAAACACAGAUUGGCCACUUGCAUGGACCUAUCCAACUGCCGUGGUGACUGGAGUUUUGGGCGAUUUUUUGUUAACGAUGAGCUGUAUAAAUGCAUAUAUUGCUGACGAGUUUCCGGACAAGAUUACGCUGUCAUAUCGUAUGGUCGUAGUGUCAAUUAUCUUUAGUUUGGGAUCGUUUGUUGCUUCGAGAUUUGUAAAAGAUUUGGUAAAGUGGACUUCAAAGCCAACAGUCAUGAUUAUUGCAGAAGGUGGAUAUCUACUUACAUUUCUUGUGUCCUUAUUAAUUUUGGACCAAAAGAAACCUAAGACUAAAAACUGUUUAUUAAAAGAAGAUGAAUCCAUUGUAACUGUAGAAGGUUCGGAAAAUCAAAGUCUUGCCUCACUCCCAAACAGUACCCAAGAAAAUAAGUUAUCAGUUUUUGAAAUCAUAAAAACUUCAUUCGUAGCAAUCUAUGACGCUGCGAAAAUAUUCCUACAACCAAGAGCAGGCCAUCGAAGAUUAUUCCUAUAUCUUUGCUUUGCCGCCAAUUUUCUCGAUCAAUUUGUAUGGGGUGAAGAGAAAGGUCUUCUGGGCACCUACGUGAGAUUACCCCCUUUCACGUGGGACACGUCCACAUAUGCUGACUACAAAUCCUGGCGACCAAUAGUUCAAAUUGUGGGUAUGGCUGUUGGUAUGUUAUUUUUCAAACGAAUCUUUCAUUUCCGCGACACCUUCAUAAUCUGCCUUGCCAUUUUGAGCAUGACCGGAUGUGUGCUCAUGAUUGGAUUGGCUCAGGCCUCAUGGUUGAUAUUUGCAAGUUUGGCUCCAGGGAGUUUACACGGGUUGCUUAAUCCAAUGUCGUAUACUUUUAUAGCAUGUAUUGUAGAACAGGACGAGAUAGGAAAAGCAUAUGCAAUUAGCUCGGUGGCCCAAAAACUCGCCGGAAUCGCGCAAAGUUUGGUUCUUCAAAAUAUUUACAUAGCAACGGUGGAUUGGUAUCAGGGUUUCGUGUGGCUUCUUAUGGCAGCCAUCAGUUUCGUCGCUGUUGGAAUUUAUUUCAUAGUACACGUUAUGGCAAAACGAGAGAACGUCGGAUCCUAACCUCAUUCAUGCAUUAUGUCUCAUGUAAUUUGUUAUUUAUCAUUGACAAAAUAAAUUCGAGAAAGAG